AAGAGAACAGCUAAAAUACAAAACUAGCUAUAUACUCAUCAAACACACAUUCAAUUAAUAUUUACGUAUAGCAUGCAACGUCGAGCCUCCGCCGUGGUGAGCACCAUCGGGCGCCACCACCAGCUCCUCCGGCAGCAGCAGCGGCCCCCGUGCGACGUGUUCAUCAACCACCGCGGCGUGGACACGAAGAAGAACGUGGCGGGGCUGCUGUACCACCACCUCCGCGGGCUGGGCAUCGUCCCGUUCCUGGACAGCAAGAGCAUGAAGGCCGGCGACCGGCUCUUCGACAAGAUCGACGUGGCCAUCGGGGAAUGCAAGGUCGGCAUCGCCGUCUUCUCGCCCAUGUACUGCGACUCCUACUUCUGCCUCCACGAGCUCAGCCUCAUGACCCAACUCCACAAGAGGAUCGUCCCCGUCUUCUGCGACGUCAAGCCCUCCGAGCUCCGUGUCAAGGACGACGGCUCCCGCCCGCCCGAGGACCUCCGCAGCUUCCGCGCCGCCCUCCAGGAGGCCAAGUACACCGUCGGAUUGACGUUCGACACCUUAAGAGGGGAUUGGCCGGAAUUUCUUGCUAACGCGACGGAUGUGGUGAUCAAGAACUUGAUCGAAGUGGAGGAGGAGGAGGAGGAACUAAAGAAACGAACCAUUUAAUUAAUUAAUCCUACAUAAUUUGAAGAGAUUAAUGCUGCCGCUAAAUAUUUAAUCACUUGAAUUCUUUAAUUUAAUUCGUUGGCCGGAACAAAUAGGCCUUCAUUUCCUUUUUUUAAAUGAGGUUCAUUCUGAGGGCUGCCUAACACAUUCGU